ACAGACAAGAUCGGGAACUAGUGAGAAACGUACGCUGCGACGGGUCGCGAGAAUCCCGGCGGUGUUACCCAAUAUAAUAGAAGAGAUGACGGCGAAAAAUCACAGUAGAAAAUAUACCGAGUAGGCGAGCCAAAAUCUGUGUCACAACGCAAAUCCCGAAAAAAGGAAAAAAACAUUAAAGACCAACCAAGAAUUUCUAUCGAUCCAUCGGUUUAUGGAAUCAAGUGAACCAUAACGAGUCUCCGGAGUUAAUCGUGCGUAGAGCGUCAUGGACUUCAUCGCGAGCAUAAUCAAAAGGCCCAAGAGCAUCGCCACCACUGGCAUUACGACCACUCAGCCAGCGGCCAUGGAAGCAUCAGACGUUGGGCAUCCUUCACCAAGGGAUAAUGGCAUUACCACUGGCAUUGCCACCACUCAACCAGCUGCCACGGAAGCAUCAGAAGCAAAGCAUUCUUCACCAAGGGAUAAUGAAGGGGGUUCUCCCAUCUCCUUGCACCUGGGAACGCUUCUGGAGUCUGCCGCAGAAGAUCUACUGCAAUUGGAGGAGCAGAACUGCAGUCUCCUGAAGGAGCCUAGUUCAAUCCCACUGGCAGCCUCCGAAAACAGCAGUAGUAGAGAAACUAUCCAGCAACUCUUAAGCGAGAUAAACGUGAAUCUAAACCAAGUUAGUGCUAACGAAAUGGAGCACUUACAGGCUAUGAGUGGCGAGAUGAGUCCGCUGGCGGUGAAGCCCAGUCCCAAGCCAUCAAGCAUGGAACAACAGAAGGCUCUGGCCGCUGCUCUGGGCCAUCAGACGGUGGCAACAGGUUGCCUUAAGCUGGAUGUGGACGCGGUUCCAAAAUUCGGAGGGCUUCCCGAGUUCGAUGAGACGCAAAUACCAGAACUGGCUCCUUUAAGUGCCGAAAUGGAGGCUCAACUUAAGUCAAACCAUUCGGACUCGGAUGUUUUCGUGGAGUGCUUAUCGCUUCACAGUGAGCGGUACACGGGAGAUCGCUCUGAAUUGGAGGCAUAUUCAAGUGCCCUUAACGAUGUGCUGGAGCAACAGUUGUCCAUGACCUCGGUUGCUACAAUGGAGAACGAAUUCGAAGAUCCUUUGGCUGUCAGCCAGCACAACAACGUCAGCUAUGAAGCUAUGGAUGUGGACGAUAUCAACGAAACCAUGGAAAUGUUAAAGGAUGUGUUGGGUCCCGAAGACCAUGAGCUAUUACAACAGCAAAUUCUUAGCAAAACUCAGUCAAUCGCAGAGAUGAAUCUUAAGCAGGACCAUGGAAAACAGGAGCAGGAGAGGAUAGAAGGGUUCCCCGUUGUGCAAGUACAGAUGGAUAAAGAACAGGAACUUAUAAGUCGAACUGAAGGAUCGCCCCCUGGAGAAUCAGGACAGUCUGAGCAGGCUAAUGAACCAUCCCAACGGGCUGAAUUCGAUUUUCCAAGGGACCUAAAGAAACCAGACUUUGAGAAGAGGGAAGAAAAUCAGGAGAAUUCAGUACAGAAAACACAGCAACAAAGUUCUGAAGAAGAAUUACAUAUACUGGACGUUCAAGAUCCUAUCAAUAACGCGCCGGAACCGGAAUCAGAAAAUUCUCAGGCGCCCCUGCAGUCUUUGAAUUUUCAAGAGCUCUUAGAACGCCCAUCGGAAGAUGCAAACACGUCACUAGGGCACUUUAAUGAAGACCAUAUAACUUCAGUGUCAGCAGAAACAAUCAAGGGAUCUGAAGUGAAAGAAGAAGAAAUCUGCCUUGAACAAAAUGCGUCACCAGCUGUGGAGGCCACCGAGGAGAAAAUAACUGGGGAGGAGUUUGAGCCCAUGGAAGUGGAUGUCUCCAUGAAAGUGGAUGAUGCCUCGGUGAUAAGGUCACCUCAACAGAAUCAAAUGGAAUCGCAGGCAUCUAUUUCAACCAUACCUUCCUUAAACGUUUUCGAAGAAAAAGAAACGGCUUUAUUAAAACAGCCUCCUCAGAACCAUCAAUUGGAUCAGAACAUUGCAGAGCAAGAAGAUUCAUUGAAAUACAUUGAUGUGGAGCCACCACCAGCUCUACUUUCACUCCCUAUACCGACGCCCCAAGCCAAAGCGGAGGAGCUGGCUCUUUCUCCACCCAUACCCACUCAUCGUCCAAAAACCGCCGAAGAACUAGAAUUUCUGGCUUUGAGGGAGUUGCCUUUGCCUGAUGAUUUAAGUCCUGGAGAAUCAGUUAACAUGAAAAUGCAGAUUCCAGAGUUGGAGAAGGAGGGAGUGAAGGAGCAACAGCAUCACCCCUCGACGGUUGCGGUGGUCACACCCACACAAAAGCGUUCUACGACACCGUUGUCUUUGGAUCUUGGCGGUAGCACGUCAUGCAACUCGGAACCGACCUCGCCUAGUUUCCCUAUUAGAGGACCAGUGGAGAAACCGUCCCACUUCCCUCGCUCGCCUCAUGCUCCACCGGAGCUGGAAGAUAUGCCCUACUUGGAGGAGGCUGUGGUUACACCGUCUUUGGAUCGCAAGCAAAGCGUUUUUGAAGCUGGAGUUAUCGAUAAAUCUGCAGUGGCUAUUGAGAUAACUCAACCGAGUCCAGAGAAGAAGGAACAUCUCAACGAAACCUUGCCCAUGAGCGAGCAUUCGCCCGUACUCUUAAAUGGAACAUUCGACAGCGGCAAGGUAAGGGAUACAAAAUUAGAGGCGGAUACAGCGGAUUUUGAGGGUUCCCCCACAUUUGCUGUAAGUCUUGAAUCGGUCGGGGAUCAUCAGCGACGAACUUUUUCGGUGAUUCAAUCCACAGCGGAAAAGGAGGGGGACAAAUCUCGUAGGACUUUCUGCAAGGAAAAUCCACGCCGUACCUUCUGCUUGGAGCAAAAUGCUUCUCCAGCGAUUGAGGCUACCGAGGAUAUAAUUGCUGGUGAUGCCAUGGAUGUGGAUGUCUCCAUGAGGAUGGAUGAAGUAACCGUGAUAAAGUCACCUCAGCAAAAUUAUAAGAAAUCCCAAGAACCAGUUUUAAAUUCGCCACCGAUUCCCACCUACCAAAAUCUCAAAAGAGCCGCCAUCCAUGAGGCGCAUUCUCCGGUCUCGCCGCCUGGAAAUGCUACCGUUGUCCUAGAGGAGCAAGCCCUGUCCGCCAAGGAGCAAGCCACGCUAAGUGCCAGCGAUGAAAAGGACGAUGUGUUCGUAGAGCACUUUGGUGCCAUAUCUCCUGUUUCGGAUGACAUGUUCAAGACCCCGCAGUUUACCAGCAGUGGCUUCAACAACCAAGCCAAGAUUAAGGCCAAUUCUGCUGGAGAAAUAGGAAAAGCAGCUUCUGUUAUGAGCGGACAGAGGGUAGAAGCAGCUGGCGAGGAGGAGCCGGUCCUUGAUGCAGAGUUCCGGGAUGGCGCCAGCAACCAAAACUUAAUACUGAACUCAUCAGAUUUUGAUUAUUUGUACACAAAAGGCAGCAAUAAUGCCCCCAUCGACCGUAGUUCGUUGCUGCUGAAGUUCGAUCCCCUUCUUGGAGCUCCCGUGCCGGUUAAUCAUCUCAAUCAGCAGGAGCAGGCUCUUCUGAACAUUUUGGGAGCAAACCAGAACCGGAUCCUCAGUCCCACAUUGGAGGAGCACGAGACAAGUGGCGGCAACCAGUCAUUUGGAAUAGAAUCGAGUGCCAAAGAUACCGCCAAGAAAUUGGACUUUAAGCCACCUGUGGAUAGGACAAAAAAGCAUGUUAAAAUGAGUGUGGACGUCAUUGAUAACGAUUGCAACAAGACCUUCGAUAAUUCCAACCUGAACACGGAGGAUAAGACCAUAAACUACAACAAUAUGGAUGAGCUAGAAAAGAAAAUCAAAAAUGAAGUGACCCGGUCUGAAGACAUUGAGAAGAAGCUGAAGGAGGGAGAACAACGCGAAGAAGCGCUGAUUAAACGUAUAACAGAAAAAGAUAAAAUAAAUGCAAAACUAAACGGUGUCAUUGAGGCCUAUGAGAAGGCCAUUGCGGAGCUGAUCAGUGAGAAGGAGCAGCAAGCGCAGCUCCACGAGAGGCAGUUACAGGAAGUGCAGGCAGACCGAGACGCCAAUUACCACCACUUAACGUCGCUGGAAACGACAUUCUCCGAUCUGCAUGUAAAAUACGAAAAGAGCAAAGAGAUGACCACGCAGCUUAAAAACAACGAGGAGUCUCUCCUGGCGGAGCGAAGGCAGAUGAUGGACAAUCUGCGGUUGCAGGAACAGCGCUACGACAAGAUGAAAAACCAUGCCAUGCAACAGUUGGAAAUUGCCAACAAAAAGCUGGACACCUACGCGAGGGAACAUGCGGACGAGUCGAAAAAACUGAAAGCUUUACUCAAGAAGGAGGAGAUCUCGCGAGUGUCGAUGACGGAGCAGCUGCAGCAGAAGUCGCGCGAGAACGCCGACCUGCUUAAGAUCUGCGAGGAGCUCAUCUACGGCAAGGGACAAGGUGGUAGUAGUUAAACUCAACCCGCGGAUUACCCGGAAUGUAUUUUAUAUGUUGCUGUAAAAUCGCACACACUCAUGACAACAUCUCUCAUCAGGCAUGUGGAGCCCAUCUCGCAGCAUGUCCGUAGAUCCGUAACUGCGCCUCCAUCAUCAUCUCCAUUUGUAUCAUGGUGUAAUAACUGCUCUGUAGCGUGCUCUUAAGUGAAUAAGAAAAUGCGAAUGCACAAUUGUAUCAUUUUGCCAACUACGUUAUUGUUGAAUUUCAAGAUAUACACCUAACGUUCCGACGAAUAUUAUACUUUUUCUAGAUUUUUAGUUGACCCGUAAACACUCACUCACACAAGUCACAGGCAGACCCAUUGCGUUCCAUUUGAGUUCCCUCGCCUUACGGGUCUGGUUGCCCGGCAUAUGUUACUAAUUCUCUAUCGUAUCGAAUCUGUCUACUGAUUUAUGUUCUUUGAUAUUACAUGGCGAUGAGUUGUGCCGGAAAACUGUAUUUCGUUUGUGGUUUAGCAAAUGGCCAGCGAAGCAAAUCAAUAAUGUGCAACGGCAGCUAAAUCAACAUACAAAUGGAAAUUAUAAAGAACAGCGUUCGCUUCAGGCGAGCCUUUAUUUAAUGUUUAAGCUUAAACAUAGUUUAAUUUAAUUGAAAAUUUGUAAAAGUCGUACUAAGAAUAUCUCUAUUACAUACUAGUACUAAACCAAGAAAGCGUAAAAAACGAAACGGAAACAUUUAAAAUACACGCAAAAAAUUUAUUUAUGCAUAAAACUA